UCUUCAACCUCUCCACGUAUUCUCACUUAUUCUGAAUUCUUUUCUCUUUUUAAUUUCUGUUAUUAAUUUGUCUAAUCUAUAUUCUUUCUGCGAUGGCGACCAAAAAACCCGUCUCGUUCGACGCCAUCAUCCAGGCUGACCGUCAAAAGAAGAAGCAAGAGGACCUCGCAAACCAACUCCUUGGAAAGAACCGCAGAUCAAGCGCCCCAGGCUCGGGCUCCGGUGCCGGCAAGAAAGCGCAGAACAAACCACAGAAUGCAAAGCCUGGAAGCUUAGCAAGCAGGAUCGGAGUAGCCAAGCGCUCCGCGUCAGCGACCGUGCAACCCAACAAGAACAAGCCCGCACCCAUCACGAACAGCAAUCGGGCACGCGGCAAACCUGGCAAGAAAGAUGGCGUGAAUGCGGAUCAGGUCCGGGCAACUUUCCAAUCCGAGAAUGGCCAAGGGAACGCGCGAUCAGGAACCUUUGCAAAGAACAGUCGCCCAUUCGGUGGCAGCAACAUGACCAUUAAGGGUGCCUCGGGCCCAUUCCUUGUCGUCGGGAGGAACUUUGCGCCUGGGACAACAGCUGCCGACAUCCAAUCUGCUCUUGAGCCCAUAACAGGUCCCAUGCUCAGCUGCCAGAUAGUAGCAAGCCAGCCGAGUGUUGUUGCGGAAUUUGCAUAUGCGGAGAAGACGGCUGCAGAACUGGUGGUUGCCAAUUUCCACAACCAAAGGGCUGAUGGGAGACUGCUCACAAUGACCCUUAAAUCGACGAAGGCUGCAACCCACCAAGAUCCCUUCACUGCACUCCGAGCACAAGCUGAUCAGGAACGACUCCGAGCCCGUCGUGCCCCAGGCCACCCGAACGAUCUGCUAGCCGAGAACCAGGGAAAUUCGCAGACCGGCCUCUACAGCGAUGAAAUGAUGGUCGAUGCGCCGGGGCGGAAUACCCAGAGGAAUCAGAACCAACGGAAUAGGCGUCGUUGAACACCCAAGCUUGAGCAUGACAACUUGUGGUUGGCUAGCGUUGUUGGUGUAAGGAGUAUCAACUGCGGGAGAUGGUCGUGGAUCAUGCUCCUUGUUACACUCUCAUGAAAUGUAUGAUAUGGUUACAGCAGUUUAUGGACAUUUUUUAACAUUCGGAGCACACUUUUUACAGCAGAUAGCGGCGAACCGGACAAAUCGGACAGACUAUUAAUGUUUUAUUCAGGACUUUUCUUCAGCAUGCACAUCAAUCCGUACCCAUGUUACGUACGGUAUUACCUGUCGCUCCUCGCUACUUGCUUAUUUACAUGUGUCGGAAGAAAAGAGGUGAAACUAUACCUAGGUAGGUAUCAACACAAGCCUAUGGUAUUUAACCCUUCCGAUAUCAUUGAAAACAGUAAACCAAACCAUCACUUGUUCU